CUUAGCUCUCGGCGCACCUUCGGCCCUAGCCCGGAGUUUUCCGAGCUCGCUCGGCUCUUUCCGGCCCGACCUCGCGUUGCUCGCUGGGUCACGUCGCGUUCACCUCAUUUGCCGCCAACGCGCUCGGGACUCCGCAGGCUCCCAGCCGCUCGCUCGCUGCUCGCUCGCCUAGCCUCCGGCUCGCGGUCGCUCCCAUGCUUCAGGCCGACUCCGAGGCGCCGCCCUCUCCCGCCGCCGCACAGGAGACGCCACAGCCCGGGCCCUCCAACCGCCCGCCGCCCACCAUGGCCCCUCAGCAAACAGGUAGCAGGAAGCGGAAAGCCGCCCAGGUCGAGGAGGGCGCGGGGACCUCUUCAUCGCCAGGCCCGUCUGCGGCGAUGGCGACAGCCGAGGCAGGCCAAACCGAGGGGUCCUUGCUGCUGGCCAAGAGGCCGCGGCGGCCCGCGGCGAGCCACUCGCUGGUGCACUACCUGAAGGGCCGCGCGCUGGGCGCCGAGGGCCACCCGGGGCUGGGGGGCUUCGAGGGCGACCUGCGCGGCUACGGGGUCGUCAGGCUGCCCGAGCUGCUGAGGGAGCGCCAGCUGACCCUCGGCCCCCUCAACAAGGUGUUCGCGUCGCAGUGGCUCAAUGCCAGGCAGGUGGUGUGUGGCACCAAGUGCAACACGCUCUUCGUGGUCGAUGUCCAGACCGACCACAUUAUGCGCAUUCCCCUGAUGCGCGACCGGGUGCCCGACAUGGCCCAAGGCUCGCCCUCCUGUGGCAUCCAUGCUGUGGAGCUGAAUCCCUCCAAGACCCUCAUGGCCACUGGAGGGGAAAAUCCCAACAGCCUGGCGAUCUACCAGCUGCCCACUCUGGAUCCCGUGUGCCUAGGAGAUUGCCAGGGCCACAGGGACUGGAUCUUCGCCAUCGCGUGGAUGAGUGACACGGUGGUCGUGAGUGGAUCCCGCGACGGCACCGUGGCACUCUGGCGGGUGGAUCCCGACAUGUUCAAUGGCAGCAUUGCUUGGCACAAGGAUGCGGGGCUUCCUGUGUAUGCUCACAUCCGUCCUAGAGAUAUGGAGGCCAUCCCCAAAGCUACUACCAAUCCAGGUAACCGCAAAGUGCGAGCCCUUGCAUUCAACAACAAAAACCAGGAGCUGGGAGCCGUGUCUCUAGAUGGCUACUUCCACCUGUGGAAAGCCCGGAGCUCCCUGUCCAGGCUGCUGACCCUAAGGCUGCCCUACUGCCGGGAGAACGUGUGUCUCACCUACUGUGAUGAGUUGUCCCUCUAUGCUGUGGGUUCCCAGUCUCAUGUUUCAUUCCUGGAUCUGCGCCAAGGCCGGCAGAACAUCCCACCACUCUGCUCCCGAGAGGGAGGCACUGGUGUGCGUUCCCUGAGUGUCUACCAGCAUAUCGUCACCGUGGGAACAGGCCACGGUUCUCUGCUCUUCUAUGACGUCCGUGCCCAGAAGUUCCUCGAGGAAAGAUCGGCAGCCAGUCCAGACAUGUUUCCUGUGCCCUCUGGAAGGAAGCUCAAGCUCACCUGUGGCAGCGGCUGGAUCAACCAAGAUGAUCUCUUGGAGAAUUAUGUUGCUGGUGUAGAGGAUUUCCCCAACGCACUCUACACUCACUGCUACAACUGGCCAGAGAUGAAGCUCUUCGUGGGUGGAGGACCCCUGGCCUCAGGCCUCCAUGGCAACUAUGCAGGCCUCUGGAGCUAAGGUGGAACUGGCCCUGAUUAACCAGUGCGCUUCUUAGCAGAGAGAGAGAGAGAGAGAAAGAGAGAGAGAUGGAGCUGUCAGAAGUCGCUUGGAGGAAUUUUCUGCACCUCUUCACCAUUCUUUGGACUUUUCGUACAGAUACGUUCCACUAAUUCUUAGCUGUGUUGUCUUUGAGUGAGUGAUCCCUAUAGUCUCUCUGUGGAAGAAAACCCCUGUUAUGAUGUUAGAAUUGUAUAAAUGUUGUGUUAUUUUACUAUUAGCAGUUCUAAAGAUAUUGUUUUUAGUUUUCAUCACAUAUGUGUGAUAUAUUGAGAAUAUUUUUUAAUAAGCAGAGUUUGGACAUCUGUUCUGGAGCGCUAACCAUAGUUUUAUAGCAUUGUUCCAAUUGUAAAGUACAUUCCGUGUUCCAGAUUGCCUACAUUUGGGAAAAUGUCACUCAUGAAUUGUGAUCAUGGUGUAUAAAGUUUGUAUGUUGUUAGUGCAAAGUGCACUUUUCUAAAAAGUUUAUUACCUGAAAAUAGUUGUCGUAGAAACUUGUGUUUAUAUCAAAAUCUUAGCUGAUGAGGACGGUUUAGGUAUUCAAGUGUUCAAGUGUUCUGCUAAUUUGGACUUUCAAAAUUAAUCCAAAAAAAUCAAUGUUUUUCUUUCAAGCCUUAUUUCAGUUUUAUGCUCUGUCUUCUUAUUGAUCAAAGAAUGUACUUGUUUUCACUUCUUGCCUUAGUACUAUCAAGACUUGUGGGUAUAUUUGAAUGUUCAUGGUUGGAGUAACUUACACUAAGAGUUUCAGUGCCAUCAUUCCAUGCAGGGAUAUUAAGUAUAAAUGUAGAAUGUAUGGCAGACAGGGCAGAAAAUACACUGCUCUAAGGUAUAGACUGGAUAUUUUUGCUGUUGCUAUUUUUAAUACCAAAUGUUAUAUUUGAGCAUAUUUUAAAUUUUCAAAAAUCUGCUUAUGAGUUAAGGUAAAAGAAAAAAUGCAGAGGAAGAAAAUCAACCCAUCCAGCUUAUUGGGAAUGAAAAAUCCCCUCUUUAUAAGCUCCAAAUUAAUUAGAUUUUAUUUUGUGAACUUCAAAGAUUCAUACUGAAAGUAGAAUAUAUGUGUUACUAAAACCUCUGGUUCUAUGCCACUAGAUGUAAUAAUAUGUGAUUAUGACAAUGCAGUAUGAUUUUCAAAUAGAGGAGCUGGGGAUUAAAAAGAAAUACGUAUGACUGAAGAGCAUUGCCAUUCAGAUAGAGGUAAUGGGAUGUUAUACAGAUGUAUUGGACUUGUUCCUAGGUAAGAAUACUGAAAGUGAGAAAGGAGCCAGGCCUUACUCAAAACUGGACAUGAUGUGUUAGCCCUGGAUUGGUAUUGAGCUAUGUUUUCUUUUCCUUAAACAUCUGACAUGUAUUUUGUAUUGGUGUUGAUACAUUACAUGCUGUUCAGUACCAAGCCUAAAUUGCUGAAAGGAUUUAAAGAUGAGUUAGGAAUUCAAAAUGGUCAGAUUUUUCCUUAUAGAGAAUAUGCAGAAUUUUGCUAUAUAACUGUGCAUUUUUUUGCUUGCAUGAAUGUUUCCAACUCUUAUAUGUGAUUUUAGAGCAGAGAUUGUAAACUGCCAUCUUUUAUUUCUUUAUUUGUAUACUAAGGCCGAACAAAGGCAAUCAGUUAUUAUUUACUGAUUUUUUUUUUUUGCCAAUGGAAACCUGCACUUCAAAUUGUAAUAAAUAUUUGCUGUUGCAUAAUAAAGAACCUUGCUUGUGUUUUCCCA